AUGGCACAAGACUCGAACCAGGCUGACCAUGUUGGCCUUACCAACAUUGCCCCGCCGCCUGGCACCUGCGACCUGGCGAGUUCACACGGUGACACGAGGCUUGAGGCAACCAAGGGCGUAAUUUUCCACGUUCCCGGUCCAGCCAAGGAGGACCUGGUCAGGUCAGGCCAACAUGAGGGCCCGAACCACCUGCAGAUGGCCAGGGCGCGCAUGAUGGAAUAG